UCACACAAGGCACGCAAAUUGCUACCUGUGUGUUACGGAAAUGAGAUGAGAAGCUCAACGUUACUCAACCAUUUCCCACAAAAUUAAUGACACAUUAUCACUGGAAAGGUUGAGGAUCAGAUGAAGAGGGCUUGCCUGGUGGACCCCGUGAGUCGCCCUUGGCUGCCAUGGCAACAUCAUAUGUCUUUCCAUUCCUCGUCCUUGUAUUUCUGUCAUCUUUUACCCUUUUGCUUUUAGCCCUUUUGCCCUCUGUUUCUCCAUCAUCUCCCUUUUCUUCCUCCUCUGGCCCACCCUGGCCAUCGGCGUCCUGUGGUCCGGGUCAGUCCUGGGCAGUAAAACUCCACACUAACAAAAAUCUGGAGAGAGAAUAUGGUGAAGAGAGCUCUGACGACCUGGAUUUGAUAGCCAACAGGGUAGCAGAGCAGGCAGGGCUGCAGAACCAGGGCCAGAUUGGACAGCUGGAAGGCCAUUACUUACUGUGUUCUGGCAAACCUGAUGUUGAGUCUGCUAGUGUUUGGAGAAAGAGUGUCCAGCCUGGGGAUGUUCUGGCAGCCCACCCUCAUGUCCUGUGGUUUUCCCAGGAAAGAGUGCUCAGCCGCUCCAAAAGAUCUGUGGCUUUCAAUGAUCCCCGGUACCCUCAACAGUGGCACCUGCACAAUGAUAUUAAUAAGGGUAUGGACAUCAAUGUGACAGGAUUGUGGGAACGUAACAUCACUGGCCGGGGAGUCACAGUAGUGGUGGUCGAUGAUGGAGUGGAACACACCCACCAGGACAUUCAGCCCAACUAUAGCCCAGAGGGCAGUUAUGACUUAAACUCCAAUGACCCAGACCCAAUGCCUCAUCCAGAUGCCCACAGCGACAAUCAUCAUGGGACGCGAUGUGCAGGAGAGAUUGCAGCCGUUCCCAACAACAGUUUCUGUGCUGUUGGGGUGGCUUAUGGCAGCAAGGUGGCAGGUAUUCGAGUCCUGGAUGGCCCGCUGACAGACAGCCUGGAGGCCAUAGCCUUUAAUAAACAUUACCAAGUUAAUGACAUCUACAGCUGCAGUUGGGGCCCAGAUGAUGAUGGACACACUGUUGAUGGACCUCAUCCCUUGGGCAAGGCAGCGCUGCAGCAUGGAGUGAUUGCAGGCAGACGAGGUUUUGGCAGCAUCUUUGUCGUUGCUAGUGGCAAUGGAGGUCAAUACAAUGACAACUGCAACUAUGAUGGUUAUGCCAAUUCCAUUUACACCAUCACCAUAGGAGCAGUGGAUGAAAGAGGCAGGAUGCCAUUCUAUGCAGAGGAGUGUGCAUCCAUGCUGGCUGUCACGUUUAGCAGUGGAGGCAACAGGCUGAGGAGCAUUGUGACAUCAGACUGGUCCAUGCAGCAGGGGACGGGCUGUACAGAGGGCCACACUGGUACGUCGGCUGCUGCCCCGCUGGCAGCCGGAAUGGUAGCUCUUAUGCUACAGGUUCGACCCUGCCUCAGCUGGAGGGACGUCCAGCACAUCAUCACCUUCACUGCCACCAAGUGUGACAGCAGUGCAGACUGGAGGGUGAAUGGAGCCGGUUUACAUCAUAGCCACCAGCAUGGCUUCGGUCUGCUCAAUGCAUGGAGACUGGUCAAUGCUGCCAAGGUGUGGGAGUCUGUGCCUUUCCUCGUGUCGUAUCAGAGCCCAGUGAUAAAGGAGGAUAUGCCUAUCCUGACCUAUUCCAAUGAACUGAUUCGCACCUGGACCGUCACUGCCGAUGAUCUGAGACAGUCUGGGAUGCAGACCCUGGAGCAUGUAGCCGUUACCGUGACAAUAACCCAUCCUUGCCGUGGCAAUGUGGAGAUUGUGUUGGUCUGCCCCAGUGGUAUGAUAUCAGUCAUCGGGGCCCGUCGUGCAGUUGACAGGGACUCUGCAGGUUAUCAGGAUUGGACUUUCUCAACUGUGCGCUGCUGGGGCGAGAGAGCUGAAGGCCAGUACCGCCUCAAGAUAUCUGACCACAAAGAGCCCUUGACUCAGCAGUGUGGUGCCGUGGGAGUGUUGAAGCAGUGGAAGCUGACUCUGUAUGGCUCCUCGAUGACAUUCAGCGAGGUCAAAGAGAGACGGAGGCUGGUGGAGGACGCUAUGAGUGGCAAAUAUCUGGACAGCAACUUCUCUCUGCCCUGCCCUCCAGGCCUGGACAUCCCUCCAGAGAUAGUCAGCCCUUUCACCUCCAACAGCUUAAAGUUCCUGCUGUUAUUGGGCUGCUUCGCUCUCUUCUGGUCUCUCUACUACACACUGGAGGUGACGCUGACCAACAUGGAGCUCAGGGGGCGUCUGUGCUUAGGCAAGAGACGGGGAGGACACAGGGCCAAGAGAGGGCACCAAGGGAAAGACGUGGAAGAGGUGUUGGUAGAGAAAGGGGAGGAUGACGGGGAGGAAGAGGAGCAGGGCUCAGACAUGGAGCUGCAAACGGUGCUGGACUCUGAGGUGAACACACCACUUUUAAGCGCAGACCGACUGGCGACAUAACACAGAGCCACAAAAUGGAUGGAAGAACUCUGUCUGCGCCUCUCAGGCUUACCUUAACUGUGGCAGCGUCACAGUGGACUGCAUUUCAGCUUGAUGAAGGAGUGGAUUUUGUCCAUUUCUGUAUUCCCCAAAUGUGUGGCCUUCAAUGAAAACCUGCUUGUUGUGUGUGGGUCUGUGGAACUGCAGCCCGUUUUCUUUUCCGCACACACCAGUGAACUUCUGUCAGCAACAGAUUUCACAUUCAUCAUUUUCCAUUGAAGUUUUUCCUUUGUGUUUUUUUUUUUUUGUUUUUUUGUUUUUUUUCCUGCAACUUGAAUGCAUCUACUCAAUCACACAAAAAUCAGGGGUCUGAUUGUAAUAGGAAACAAUAGGAAAUUGAUUGUAAUAGGAAACCUGACAGAUGCCACAACAGUUUGGCGGAUCGUUUACACUUCACUUUGAGGCAAUUUGAGUCAAACUCUUGUUCUCACCUCUGUUCUUAAACCAAAUUUCCUUUGUUUUCCAUAUUUUACCAAGAAUGAACCCCAUUAUUUCAUAUUGAUUCGCUUUUUUUUUUUUUUCCUCACAUUGAGCCUGUACAUGCCUAUACUCGCAAAAUCAGCACAUAAGUGAUGUAUAUGUAUGUGAUGCAUUUUGUUUGCCUGUUUUGUUUAUUCGUGCCACUCAUGGUGCAUAGGGACGUUUUAAAGGUUGCAUGUGUGGGAGCGUCAGUGAUGAAUGUACGAGUUAUAGGUUGGUGGGAUGCAUCGCUGCAGACAAUGAUAUGAUGUGCAAUAUACAGAGGUAUGCAAAUUGUGUGUGUGUGUGUGUGUGUGUGUGGUUAAAUGCAAAGUCUUCCAUGAACAAGUGUCUUCAAAUGUGAGCUUCUAUGAGGGUAUUGUAUUUUAAGAAGAGAAUUUAUUUUCUGAGGUGUAGUUUGAUUUUUUUUUUUAAAGUCUGUUCUUAUCUGCAGGUUUUCAACCAACUACUGAUAGAAAAAAAAAAAACUUGAAAUGGGAUUUUCUAGUGUGGGAUUUGCAUAUUUAUUUUUAAAGUGGUGUAAUAUAUACAGUACAUACUGUGUGCCUGCUGUACAUAUAUUUACCAAGUAUGUUCAAAGAUUUAUACCAGGUGUUUUUAAAGUUACAUUAAAGAGUUCUAAUUUUGUAAUGUAAAGAUGUUUGGAGUGAAGAUGGAAGCUGUGUUUUGCUGUGCAAGUCACAGGUGAUCUGAAUGAUAAUAAAAGUCUGGUGAUGGAA